UAGUAAAUACCCGAACGACGCUUCGACGCAUAAAAUUGGCGGUAAAAUCAUGACAAAAUAGAUCUAUUAUAGUCUAUAGAGUAGAUAUUAUAAUAUAAUAGAUCUAUUUUGUCACGGGUAAAAUUAUAUUGUAGACUGUAGUAGUCUGUUGAGUACCUAAAAAGUAAAAACCUUCCAAUCUUCCGAUUCGGGAGACAGACGCACAGUUAUCAUUAAAUUCUGUAGCAUUGUGUAGCAGACAUCGACAAUUAUUAGUGUAGGUACCUACUUGAUAUCGUUUAUUAUAGUAUUUGGGCACAGUCAUUACUCAGUACUCACUAUAUUCAAGACUAGACCAGUUCAUGUGCGAUGAGGAUCAACCAUCGGAAGUCGGAGAGUUAUUUUGGUUAUAGGUACUCGCAUCAUAAAUCAUAUCGUCAGAUCCACAGUUAAAUAAUAUCAUCGUCCAUUACUGGUUCUGUCACUGAUUUGAAACUACGGUGUGAAAAUGUUAGGUAUGUCGGUAAACAAAAUGGAUGACUUACAGACUGCAUCAUGUGAAAGUGAUUUAAAGCAAGUUCUGAAAUCCAUUGCACCUGCACAAACAAAUUUUAAAAACAGUUAUUACUCUGGUAGAUUACUUGAAAAUUUACAAUCUUUCCGCAAAAACGAAGUUUUAUGUGAUAUUAAAUUGAAAACUGAUGAUGGUACUAUAGUAUUUGGACAUAAAAAUGUUUUAGUAGCAGCUAGCCCAUAUUUUCAAGCAAUGUUCAGUGUUUUCAGUGAGAGCGAUAAAGAUCUUGUUAAAAUUAAAGAGUUAGAUUCCAACGUUUUACAACUAUUAAUAGAUUAUAUUUAUACUGGUGAAAUUAUGGUUACAAUUGAAAAUGUACAGGUUUUGUUACCAGCAGCAAAUGUAUUACAGUUAGACUAUGUAACUAGUGCAUGUGUUGAGUUUUUACGAACACAACUGGAUCCUUCAAAUUGUAUUGGUAUCAAAGCAUUUGCUGACUUGCAUAAUUGUACGGAAUUGAUUUCAAGUUCUGAAGCAUUCAUUAAUAAAAAGUUUUUAGAAGUGAUUAAAAGUGAAGAGUUCUUAUAUUUAUCUUGUGAAAAAGUGAUUCAGCUUAUCUCCUGUGAUGACCUUGCUGUUCCAUCUGAAGAAAAAGUAUUUGAAUGUGUUAUUAAUUGGGUGAAAUAUGAUCUGAAUGAAAGAAAAGAUUUUUUGCCAGAAUUAAUGGAACAUGUACGUUUGCCAUUAAUAGCAUCAUCGCCAGAUAUAUUAAAAAAUAUAGUUGAAGAACCUCUUCUUAGAAAUAAUCCAAAAUGUAACAAAUUUAUAUUAGAAGCUUUACAUUUUCAUUUACUAAAGUCAGUUCAGCAUUUCAUCAUUUCUCAUUCAAUUCGCUAUAAACCUAGACAGUUUAGUGGCUUAAAAAAAGUCAUUCUAAUUUUCACAUGGUCUGAGACUUUACCAAAGUGUUAUACAGAUUGGUAUGACCCAGCAACCAACAUCCGAAGGAGUGCUCCAGAAAUAGAUGAUUGUCGUAGGAAAGCUGGUGUAGGUGUCAUAAGAGGUCAAUUUGUUUUUGUUUUGGGUGGCUUGAAUAACACAAGUUCUCGAUCUGUUAGUUUGCUUGAUGUAUCUUCACCCUUUCCAUGUUGGAUACCAAUGGUCAACAUGUUGGUUAGUCGAGCAUAUUUAGGAGUUGGUAUAUUAGACAAUUGUAUUUAUGCAGUUGGUGGAUUUGAUGGUUUUGUUCCAGUAAAGAGUGCAGAGGUUUUUGAUCCCAGUAUUCAAAAAUGGAGAAUGGUAACUAGUAUGACUAUUAAUAGAAGUCUUUUGGGUAUUGGUGUACUCAAUAAUCAUUUAUAUGCGAUAGGAGGUUUUGAUGGUUAUGAUAGUUUGAAGUCUGUGGAAAGGUAUGAUCCCUCACUUGACACAUGGACACUAGUUGCAGAACUAUCUGUAUGUCGCAAUAGUGUUAGUAUCGCGGUCAUGGAUGGAGUUCUAUAUGCUAUCGGUGGUAUUGAUGGAUCGGAGAAUCUUAAAAGUGUUGAGGUAUAUAGACCAAGUGAUGGAGUAUGGUCUUUUAUUGCUGAUAUGCAUUUAUGUCGAAAGAAUUCUGGAGUAGUCACAUUAGAUGGCUUAUUAUAUGUUAUGGGAGGAGAAUCUGAAAAAUCAUUUUUUAAUACUAUGGAAGUGUACAAUCCCAAAACCAAUACCUGGUCCAUAGAAACAUUGCCAAGAAACCAUCAUAAUUUCACUGACGACCAAAUUUUUUGUGGUGUAGUCGUUAAUAGGCCACCACAUUUAACUAAUUGA